AUGUUGGAUAAAACAAGGCUGGAGGGCCCGGAGCCGAAGCCUGAUGUGGCACCUCACGAAAAGCCUAAAAAUGCUUCAUCUGUUGCCCAAUCCCAUACAUCUUGGGGCUUUAGGCCUACUCGCGCAGAAGAAAAGGCAAAUCAAAAUGGCUCGAACCAACAGCGCGCCGUACAAAGUCUCAAAGAAUCACAAGAUAUCACCGCCUUCCUGAUCAUCUUUAACAAAGUCGACAUUCAUGGAAAAGCAUGGAAUCAAGCUGAGAUUCAUGGGUCUCAUGGCUCAGGCAUCCGCACUGAUUCUGAAAACGACGAUACAAUCGCGUAUCGGGACUAUGUUGACCUUAGAAUCGCUAAUCCACCCCGAAAGGGCUUGUCACGCCUGUAG